AUGUCGCUGAAUUUGGAAGAGUUCAUCAACCGUUUCUUUUCCUACUACAACAAAAACAAUUUCGAAUUUACUAGUGAAGAGAUCUUUGAGGUGUUGAAGCUAGCCAAACCUGUGUUUUGUAAGAAUACCAGUGCUCUAGUACAAGUUCCAACCCCUGUCAACAUUGUGGGCGACAUUCAUGGCCAACUGGACGAUCUUCUUAGAAUCUUCGCGGCGAUUGGAGUGCCUGGAAAGGAGAGGUAUCUGUUUUUGGGAGGUGAGUGAACUGUAGUAUUAUUUGGUACAAACUGAUUAAUAUCAGGAUUAAAAAUUUUAUAAAAUGGUACUACUUUUUAGUAAAUAUGUAUCUUAAAAUUUACUGUAACUUGUAGACUAUGUUGACCGUGGUCCCAAUCAACUUGAGUGUAUAAUGUUGUUAUUGGCUCUGAAGGUUGCCGCAUCGUCUAGAAUCUAUCUGCUACGAGGGAAUCACGAAGUACAAUCCACCAAUCAGGUCUACGGCUUCAGAUCCGAGCUGAAUCACCGUUUCAAACGUAAAUUAGCUUCUCGAAUUUACAGUGAUAUCAACAACAUCUUCACGUAUCUUCCAUUGGCUGCCAUAGUAAAGGGUCGUAUCUUGUGUAUGCACGGUGGGUUGAGUCCGCAUCUGAAGUCUCUUGACGAUAUCAGAAGGAUUCAGAUUCCGUUCGAAGAGCCACCGGUCAAUAGUUUGGAAGAGGAUCUUCUCUGGGCGGAUCCUUCGUCUGCCAUCUCUGGUUUCAAUUUCAAUGUUGUCAGAGAGAUCAGUAUAUGCUUUGGUGCUGAUGUUGUUCAUAGUACGUGUACAAGGUUGGGGGUUGAUCUGAUUGUGAGAGCACAUCAAGUAGGUUCACUGUGGUUGUUUUUGGCGUGGUGUUGUGAUAUUUAUUAAAAUUUACUAGUAAUUUUAUAAUAAUGCUUUUCGGGUCAUUUAGUAUCUUUUUCCUACAGUGUUUCUUGUGGCGUUUGUAUACUGUAUUUUUCAAUUGUUUGACACUUUAGGUAAUGCCAUCUGGUUAUGGAUUGUUUGCAAACAAGAGGUUGGUCACUGUGUUUUCGGCUGCCAGUUACAAUGUUGAACAGGUCAGUAUUGUGUUCUAAUGUGGUCUGAAAGUGCGCAGAAAACUUCCAAUUAAUUUUUAGUGUAUUUUAUGUUCGCAGUUUAUUUUUUUAGCUCGUGUAUGUUACAAAGAUAACUGAUUUCAGGAUAAUAUGGCGGCCGUAAUGCGUGUCAGCAAAAAGCUGGUGAUAUCGUAUGUUCUGUUCGCUCCUCCACUAGCUGCCGAUGUUAUCAAACAUAAGCAACGUACUUCGAAACGACAUGACUCGAGUGAUAUAGAGGAUGGAUGA